UUUCCUCAUCUAUAUAAAGCUUCCAAAACGCACGUGCAUUUUUGCCCGCACAGCCACUGACGCAGCAAACUCUUGUGCAGGAACAUCAUUGUAACAUAGGAGAGUUUUUUCUUUUAUUUUAAAGGUUAUGGAAUUAAAACAAAUCGAAAAUCAGACUCUGCCUUCUAUAACUUGCUGCGCAGAUGGACGGAAAUGGUGGGCAAAUUUUGAGUUUUAUCCGGAAGUGGUAGCCGAACGGAAAACCGUCUUCCGAGGCUACAUGUACAGCGAGGACAAUUUCUUCAGCCAAACAGACUGCGCUGUCAAGUUCGACGACCCUAGCGUUACAGAAGAGGAUCUUGUCAAGUACGUGGAAGGAGUUACGGAGGUAUACAAACUGGCCAACUUAUUUAAUGCAACACUGAAAGGUAUAAGAAUUAUAGUCCUGUUACCAUGCGUAGCAGUGAUGGACAAGGUUGCGCCAUUUUAUAAUCGUAUGUUCCGUUUGCUGCAAAGGAACUACAAUAGGGUAAUAACAGGCGAUGACUGCGUUCUCCUUGAAGAACGGGUUCAAGGUCAAUACGUUUCCUUUACUGAUCCCGAGGGAAAAUCGACCAACAAAUGUCCAACGGUCAUUCAACAGUUUGCCCAUUUCUGUUUCCACGAAACCAAAGGUCAGCUUGUGGUGACAAACCUUCAAGGUAUUGAGAAAGACAGUACUAUAGUACUCUCAUCCCCGGUAAUUCAUUCCGUUGAGAGCAAAUACGGAUCGCGCGAUAAAGGAACACAGGGCAUUGCAACUUUCUUCAAUAGCUUUCAUUCAUGCUGUGAGGGUUGCAAAACAUAUCUUUCAUGCAAGGACUUUGUCAAUCCAAGUGCCCCACCAACUGCGUGCGGUGUAAAGUCAUAUUUGGACUCUCCCAUUUUAGCCGCUCCUUCGCUUUCAGGAGGUACUCUAACCUCGGGACUACCCAGCUAUUCAGCGAGUGAAGCAUCGAAUGCCAAACGGGACCAUCCCCCUCCAUACGAAGCCACAUUCUACACAACACCCCCUUUCAGUCAAACACCGCAUUUUUUCAAUUCAAAUGAUAUGUACAAGAACAGCAGAAUUCAAACUGUAUGAUUAUCAUAAACCAAAACUGCUGGAAGAUUUGAUCUCGGAACUGUAAAUGAAUCAUAUUUGUAGGGCAAUCAAAAAUCACGUACCCGAUCAUUUUACCAUGACUUUUUUUUCGUUCGGAGUUGUACAUAUAUAUACCUUUAUUAUUUAGACACAUGGAUCGCAAUGCAAGCUUAUAUUUUUUCCUGCCAAAUCAAAGCCCAUUUUAACAUAAGUGUUCUUUUUAUUAUGUAUUUACAAAAGUUCAUUUUGUCUUGAACUGUAGGCAUUGUAUUAUGUACUGUACAGUUACACUGUUUGGAGUUUAGAUUUGCUUUAAAUCAUGUUGUUAUUUACAUGUAUAUAGAUUUAUUUACAUGUACAUUGAAUUUGAACUAUAGUAAGUGUGUUCUUCGUGUUUUUUAUGUAUUGUCUCUACUUUGUUAAUCAACGUUUGUGCAUGAUGAAAUGUCCUAUAUUUCUUGUUCUGUAUUGUUCAAGUCAAUCAAAUUGUUUCGAGGGGUGGUGCAAUUCUGAAAAAAAAAUAAUUCUUGGUAUUUUGUCCAGUUAAAUGUGUAAAAAAAAAUAAAAUAAAAUUUGUGAUAUAUAAAUCUAUGAUAGAGAAUUUAUGCAUACAUGUAUCUAUUGUUAAUAAUAUAUAUUUUUAUGCUCUGAAAAAUUAAUAAAAUUUUACGUUGGUUUG